UAAAUAAUAUUAAAUAUUAUUGAACUCGCACAGUGUGAACCAUAUUUAUAUGACCUGUUCCGUUUUCAGUACAGUUCCUUAAUAACUAAACGGUACGUUGUGGUAGAGAUUUGUUAUAAGUUGACAAUGCAUGUCGAAAGUAAAAAAUAUGGAUUUUGAUUGGAAUAUUUGGUGUCGUUUCUGUGCGAAAGCCGAUGUAAAUAAUAUCAACAUAUUUGCUGCUCAGACCACAAAGUGCAACAAAAUGAAUUUGAUUCCUGCAAUAAGUAAAUUUUUUAAUAUUCAGUUCAACCAGCCAGAAAAGAUGCCAGAGGUUAUUUGUUCUGAAUGUCUUUUAGUGCUAACAUCUUUGGUCACAUUUGCUGCUCGUGUAUGUAAGGUACAAGAAAUGUUUAAAGAAAUACUAAAAUCUGAAGAAGGCACAACGAUAGACAUCAACUCCUUAUAUAAAAAAUAUGAAAUAGAACAAGAUUCAUCCUCAUUCUUAAACAUGCAAACAACACCAUUUUCAGUCGAUUUAGUUGAUGAGCUACCUACAGAUGAUUUAGAAAGUGAACUUAAUCGAAAUGUGAAUUGUAAAGAUCCGUUUGAUGAAGACUCCGAAUGGGAAUGGAGUGGAUCAACAGAUAGCACAACAACCUUUGAAAGUGAUAUUCCAGUUACGAAAAAUAGGACACAAACGGAAAAUUUGAGUAAUGAAAAUAUGCCUGAAAAUGCUUUGAAUUCUGUUGUGAAGCAAAGUCGUAAUGAAUAUAAGUACCUUUGUAAACAUUGUCCAAAACGCUUUCAACAAUUCAACAGCUUUAGGUUGCAUGUGAAGAAAAAACAUGGGCACAUACUCCCAUUAGAGGAGUUUUCAUGUCCUAACUGUGAUUUAGUAUUUCAAAAGAAGCGUUUAAUGGCCCAACACAUCAAAUCUGUACAUGCUGAUAAGACGGCUUUUAUAUGUGAGGAGUGCGGAGAAAUUAUGGGCAGUAAAUCCACAUUACGCGACCAUAUGUACACACACACAAAUUAUGCGCCUUUCGAAUGUAAAGAUUGUGGUAAAUGUUUUAAGCAGAAGACCCGUCUAAAGAUACACAUGGAUAUACAUGGAGAAAAGCAUAUUUGUGUUGAGUGUGGCUUGCAAUUGAGCUCUCGCGCUACACUAUAUAGUCAUUCACUUGUUCAUUCCGAUGUAACGCCACAUAAGUGUGACUAUUGUGGACGUGCCUUUAAGCGUUCAAAAACAUUGAAAAAUCAUCUUAUUCUCCAUACUGGACUAAAACCAUAUUCAUGUGAUUUUUGUGAUAAGACCUUUUCAAAUGGUACUAGUUGUCGAACACACAAAAAACGUGUACAUCCUGAUGAAUUUGCUGCUCAGGAGGCUUCUGGAGAAAAACCGAACAAAGUUAAAAAUAUACCCAAGUUGGCUGUCUUAAAAGCGGUUACCCGAACAGCCAAGAACCUUACACCUGUAGCGCCGAAACAGAGCGGGAAUUUUUCUCUUGGCAAAAAACACAGAUUAGAGCAAAAACAUAUAGAUACCAAUGAAGAAGUUACUGCAAAGAAGAAUACGGCACUAUAACAAAAAUAACAAUCAAUAAAAUUAAUUGUAAAAUAAACUAUAAAUUGAUUAUAUUAAAAUAAGUUUUAAAAUAAAAAUACAUACAUAUUAGCAUGCA